AUGUGCAGUAAUACCCAUGGGAAAUACAAGCAGGUGGCUGCUGCUGUGUAUGAACAACUGUUAGUGGACAUUGUCAUAGUCUCCUCCACUCCAAACAACAAGACUUCCGAUCCCUCCACCCCUGCUGCCAAGACCAGAGUUCAGAUAGUGCACAAAAAGCUGGACUUCAGCCAUGUCACGUCCCGCUGUGGCUCCAAGGACAAUAUCAAACAUGUCCCUGGAGGUGGCAAUGUGCAGAUCCUAAAUAAGAAGGUUGAUUUGAGCAAGGUGACAUCCAAAUGUGGCUCCAAGGACAACAUCAAACAUAAGCCAGGUGGAGGUGAUGUGAAGAUUGAGUCCCAUAAGCUAAACAUUAAAGCUAAGUCUAAGAUUGGAUCCCUGGAUAACGUGGGGCCAGGCAACGGACAGACCAACGGACACAAGGAGGAGAAAACAGAGGAGAAGACAUCUUCACCCCCAAGUGGUGCUCCGACAACAGGACCAGCAGGCGUUGCUAAGGCAACAGCACCAGGAGGAACUAAGGAGAAUGGAGUGAAGGACCCCACACCUACUCCUUUUGGGGGUGACGGCCUGAGGGAGCCCCUUAGCAUAGACAAACGCAUCACUGAGACAAAUUGAGUCCCAGUGACGUGUAGAGUUUGGACACGCAUGGCGCAGGCCGACUUGCCAAUCAACCGACCAACCAACCUACCACGGCGCAGUCACUUCCCUCUUCCCUUCAUCUCGCCCACCGCAGUACUGAACUGACCAAUUGUCUCUCAGUGUUUCUCUGAGGUCCGCCUGCCAGCUUCCUGCUACCAACCCUGAUCUUUGACCUCUUUACGCCCUCUGGUUGCCCUUUGGCCCUGCCCACCACAGCACUUGCUGUUUGUCUGUGUUUCUCUGUGUGGGGAUCCACCAGCUUCUCUACUGAUAAAAUUCCCUUGUAAUCACUGAUUUAGAGGAUUUCAAUCCCAUAUUUAAUAACCUUAAACGCAAUAAACCCACUAUCGUAGUCAAUGCUG